UUUUAUGUACGGAGAGCUGACGGACAAGAAGUCCAUCGACGAAGUCCGACAGACGUUCGACAACUAUGAGUCCAACUGCUUCGAGAUCCUGCUGUACAGAAAGAAUAGAAGUCCGGUUUGGUUCUACAUGCAAGUGGCUCCCAUCAGGAACGAGAACGACAAAGUGGUUCUGUUCCUCUGCACCUUUAAAGACAUCACUCUCUCCAAGCAGCCCAUUGAAGACGAAACCACUAAAG